GGUUUUUGUGUCGGGAACAACGGUCGGGCCUGAGGGAGAAAUUCCGGUAAGAUAUCCGGUUGUGUUUCAAUUAAUGAGUUUGAGUUGUUCUGCUAUUAUGUUAGCAAAAGUAUCAAACUGCUAUGAUUUUAUAGUAGAAAUCGUUAAUUGACUUACAGACGGAUCUGUGUACAAUUUGCGACGGCGAGGUUACGGCGAAGAUACGGCGGCGAUUAACGGCGGCAAAUGUGAGGUGGAUUGAUUAGUUGAUCAAGCGAGUGAAGAAAUGGGAGAAGAAGUAAUUGCGAAGAAGAGCUACCCCAAAAGACUUGAUGCUGCAGGGAAAGCACCAAUAAAGGGAAGGAGCAUGCAUAUUAACUGCACCUUGGAUAGUUUAGCAAGAUUGAAAGAGAAGAUUGGGGAAGAUGCUUACUCUCAGAUACGUGAUCAGUCUAAAGUGGGAGUAUUGUUGAAGCUUGCUGACAGUUCUUUUGUAUGGUGGGCAAAGCUUGUGCAUCACCUGUUAACCCAUCAAUUGGCAAUUAGUAGGCCAUAUGAGAUUUGGUGUCUCAUUGAAGGGAGUCCGAUAAGGUUUUCGCUUCAUGAAUAUGAAGACAUAACUGGUUUGAAUUGUGCGGAAAUUGAUGUAGAGGACAUAGUGGCGGUUGACCACAGAGAGUUUUGGGGAGAUAUAAAGGUGGCUGCAGAGAAGGGGCCGAACUGGAAUGAGUUGGAGUCAGCAUUAAAAAGUUGUAGGAGUUGGAGUUUAGAAAAGAGGAAGAUGUUUGGUCUGUUGUUCGUGGUGCAUGUAGGUAUAUUGGGGAUAUCUAGGUCAAGUAGGAUACCUUUGGACUAUGCCAAGAGAGUGCUUGACACAGAGGCAUUUGAGAGAUUUCCAUAGGGUCGAGUUGGAUUUAAGGAGCUUAUUACUUCAAUAAAAGUUUUGAGUUAUGAUAGAACUUCAUAUGCUAUCCAUGGCUGUCCGCAUAUCCUGAAUAUAUGGGCAUUUGACAGUAUUCCACAUCUUGCAAAAUCACAUUGGAACCAAGUACCGGAUGAUGGUGAUGGCGAUGAAGAUGAACCAGAACCAGUGCCUCUCUUGCAAUGGAAUGGUGGUCGUCCAAGAAUCUGUUUAAAAAAUUUCUUUGAGACAGAGAAACUGAGAAAGAAGAAGGUAUGUUUGUUCUCCUCAACUUUCAUUACCCAUAUGUAGUCAUAACAGUUAAAUAGCUUAUUUAUGUCCUCCUCAUGUAGAUCAAGGUGCAGCAUUUAGUGGUGAGGCCUAUUGAAGAGAUUUAUCCUGUUUGGCCUGGAGAGAAUGCUGUGUAUGGGGAAGGUGUAGGUGCUAAUAAGCUGGUGGAUAAUCUCCUGCAUGAUAUUAUUAAUGGUGGUUUAAAAG